UAUUAUUAUCUGGUAAAUGAAUGUCAGGAAUGCACUGCUUGCUGCAGAACACAGACCCUAACCUGCAACCAUGGGGAGUGGAACUCCAGCAACAUGCUUUCAGCUGGGGCAGGAGCACCAGAGCCAACAAAGGGGCUGGGUCACAGCCAGCCCAUGCUGUGCUUCAGUGCUGUGCAGCAGAUAAGAAGUGCAGCCUGCUGCCCAGCUGCUGGGCUCAACUCCUCCAUGCCCCACACUCAGUGUUUGUCCCUGGCACGUACCCCCAGGUGUACGGUGCAGAUGGAGAACUCCUUCCAGGUUCUGCUUUUGGAAGCAGAUGGCAGAGCAGGGCAUGGUCCAGGCUGUCUGCAGGGAGGUGGGGAUGUCCUCUGGGGUCCCAGUGUGGUUUUGGUGGUUGCUCAUACCUCCCUGCCGGCACGGAGCAAGGAACCUGCUCCCACCUAUGACUUAAUGGCACAGUCAGGCAGUGGGGUACAUGUAGGUGUCCGGUGCUGGUGGGAAGCGCUGUGUUUGCCGCGUCAAAGGAAAACAACGCCGUGGCGGAGCUGGAGCCCUGCUUUCCUCUAAGUGCCAGAGCCCACGAGAAGCGGGCACAGCAGAGCCCUGGCCGUCCCGCUGCCUCUGCCCAGCACGCACGGAGCUGCCGUCCCUCCUGCUGGGUCCGACCCGCACGGACGAUGCUCGCAGCACCGGACCGACGCGUCGCGGUUCCCCGGCAGCGCAGCGCGGUGUCCCGGCAGCGCGGGGCGGGGCGGAGCGGGAUGGCGGCGGUGCGGGGCUGCGGGUUCGAUCCGCGCCUCGGCACUGAGAGGGGCCGGGGAGAAGCGGGGUCAGGAGGCACCGAGCUCCUCCUCCGGGCAGGUGGGCAAACACCAGCAGCACGCUUCUGUCCCCCAGCUGCCAGCUGCCCCAUCCCAGAGGGCCAUGGUGCAGAGGUUGCUUCACUUACUGCAUCCUCAGCCCAUGGGGACAUCCCUCCAUGUCCUACAUCUCUCCCAUCACUUUCUCGUGUCACAUACAAGGACUUAAUUCGCUGCCUGCCAGUUCACCUCUCCCGGUACAUCCUGGGGCUUUUGGAUAACAAAUCCCUUAAAACAUGUGCCAGUGUGAGUAGAUACUGGGCUUUUCUGGCCAAAGAAGUUGAGAAGGAGCAUGCGUGUCAAAAAGUGGUACAGAAGAAAAUCCUGUAUUUGCAGGGGUUGUGCCCUCGGAGAGCAGUUUCCAACUAUGCUAAAAUAGUCAACGUGGCAAUUCCACAGUUAAAUGAAAAGGGAUGUGUCAUCAAAGUGAGAGAACACAGCCCUGGAAGUAAAACAAAGGAAGACAAGGAGGAGGAGAAAGAAAACAACCUGCAGGCAGCCUAUCAUGAUCUGCAAACUGACACAAUCCAGCUGGAAGAGAGGAAUGUAUUCUGUGGCUCCUACAAUAUUCGUGUCCUCACUAACCGAUCAGACCCAAACAGAGUAAUCCACUAUGCUGGGGGAGACUUGGUAGCCAUUGGCUCUGCAGAUCAAAAAGUGAGGAUUUUUAAUGUGUUGUCAAUGAGAGAAGUGCCACCUCUGCUCUCUGGGCAUGCUGGAAGCAUCAAAGCACUGCUGCUUGAUGAGAAGAAAGGGCUCAUUCUUAGCGCAAGCUGCGAUCUCAGCAUCAGAUGCUGGAAUAUAUACAGUGGUGCUUGCAUGAAAAUCUUUACAGGUCACUGCAGGGCCAUCACCUGCUUGGAUUUACACAACAAGAAGUUUGUGUCAGGAGGCACAGAUGGGAUGGUGAAAGUGUGGAACUUGGACAGCGGGGUAUGUCUUAAGACCCUGAAACACAGCAGUAUUGUUUAUGCUGUUAAAAUGGAUGGAACCCAUGUUGUCAGUGGGUGUGACAGAGGGCUGGUGAAAGUCUGGCAUGCUGGCACAGGAGCUCUGCUCAAAAUACUAGAAGGGCACCUAGGCCCAGUGAGGUGCUUGUCCUUUGGUCAGUGGCACCUUGUCUCAGGAAGCAAUGACGGGUAUGUCUUGGGAUGGAGCAUGGUGGGAGACCUUCAGAGGUGCCUAACAGCUUUCCGCCACCCGAAGGAAGUUCUGUCUCUGGAGUUGCUCUGUCUCAGAGUUGUCAGCAGUUGUGCUGAUGGGAAGAUCCGUGUGUUUAACUUCCUGACUGGGAGCUGCCUGAGAGUGCUGGUGGGCAGCAGCAGAGGGGAUCCUGUAUCUUUCUGUGCUGCCAAAAACAGGAUGGUGAUCAAUGCAACCAGCAGCCUGCUGAUGUUCCAGUUUGAGGAUGUCAUGUGGGACUACACACGAGGUGCUGAGCGAGAGAUGGAAUGGAAGCAGAAGCAGGAGAGCUCCCUUUUGGGCACAGCAUUGACUCCCUCCCAGCAAACCAAGAGCCACAUUGCCAGCCAGAUGCGUCGCCUCACUCUGAAGACACGAGCUCUCUGCAAUGAACUGAUAAAACCAGCAGCUUGCCAGCAACAGGAGCAUCUGCUUGGGAGCAGGAGAUCUUCUCACACCCAGGAAGAGCAGCUUUUUGCUCCUGAUGGUACAUCUGAAUAUGGCACUUCUGUACUUGCACAUCCUGACAGACAGCGGGAAGAGAAAAAGGGCUCAAUGUCCUCUGACAAGUUCCUCUUGACUAUCAGCAUGCUGCAGAAGAGUAGCAAGCCAUCCUUUGUCCGCUCCACUACAAAGCAUCCUGCAGCAACUGGGAAAGCAUUGGAAUGUCUGCUGCAACAGCAACAAAAAAGGCGAAUAUACACAACCCCUCUGCAACAAAAAAAGGAGCUGACAGCCCAGAUCCAACGUGCGAGAUCUCACAGUGAUUCUCUGACUAUGAAAAGAAUUUCUGUACCCUUUGAAACUAAAAUGCUGCAACUCAAGCUGAAAAAUUCUUUGCAUGGGCCCAAUGUGAAUUCCUCCAUUCCUGCUCCCUGCAUUGUACGUCUCAAGACUUGCAGUGCUUUGCCACAAGGAAAGAAAGUUCAUGGUGCUCACAGUCAAGGCACUUCUCUCCCUGAAGACAGAGUUCAGCAUAGUGGUACACACCGUACAGCUUCCGAACGGAUCAACUCAACACAUGCAAUGAUCCCACAAAUGAAAAAUGAAUCAGUUUGCAGGGGAAAAAAACCCUUUUGUCCAUACGCUGCAGAUCCUUCCGAGGCUGACAGUGAGUUCAGACUUCUGACAGGACAGCAGAAGGAGGCAUGUGCUGCAGCUGCUGUAGCUCAGUGUCAGGCAAACCAGGCAAAGCUCAAAGAAGAUCAUCAAAGAGCACGCAAGAAGGCAUGGUUAAGGAAAACUAAAGGCCUACCUACAGUCUCUUUUACUAAGGAGGGGAAGAUAUUUGCUCCUGAACUUGGACUUAAUACAUUUAUCUGAGGUAACCCAUUAGUCCAACAAAUCACCAGCAUCUGAGGAUUCUGGUUCUCUAAUGUAACAGCUUCCUUGGGUAUCCAGCUGAGCCUGCUGUGUCAAGAUCCCUGUGGUUUCUAUGUAAGUACAAAAGGUGUCUCUGCUGUUAAACUUUCCAUGAGAUAUUAUUUGUACUUUCAGCUCUUUCUCAAGGCAGUGAAUGGAAUGACUCCUCUCCUGGGUUUUAAGUUGCUAGAUGUGUUGUUAUUACAGACACAGCACAUUCAAGACUAAUAGAACAAAGAUAUGGCUCAACUGUUUGAAUAAAAAUUCUUCUCGUUA